AUGGAUGCAAGCAGUGCAGAAAGGCCUCUUCAGCCUUCUCUGCUUUCUCCCAAGCCUUCUCCCCUUUCUCCCAAGUCUUUUCUCCUUUCUCCCAAGCCUUCUUUCAAUUCUCCUUUCUUUUCUUGCAGAUCCUCUCUUUCUUUCAAGCCUUUUCUUCUUCCCCUUCUACUAAGCCUUCUUCUUCUUCCCCUUCUGCGAAGCCCUCUUCUUUUUCCCCUUCUGCUAAGCCUUCUUUUUCUUCCCCUUCUGCUAAGCCUUCUUCUUCCCUUUCUUUUUAGCAUUCUUCAUGCCUUUCUUUUAAGCCUACUUCUUCCCUUUCUUAGCCUUCCUCUUCUUCCCUUUCUAUUUAGCCUUCCUCUUCAUCACAUUCUUUUUAGCCUUGCUCUUCUUCUUCCCUUCCUGCUAAGCCUUGCUCUUCUUCUUCCCUUUCUGCUAAGCUUUGCUCUUCUUCUUCGAAUCCUCCUUAUUCUUCGAUAUUUCUCGCUCAUCGAGCAAUAUCCACGCAUCAGUCGUUUGCCUCGGCAUGGCUACCCGAACCGCAAAACCAUUUGCAAGACAUCACGAAUACAUAGCUCGCCUGACCCAUCACUCACUCAACAAUUCCAACCAAUCCGAGAUGUCUUUCUCUCUGCCGUGUUCGGAUUUAUUUGUUUUUUAGUCCAGAAUUUCUUUUUUAUCCGAAUACAAUAG